CUGACUAGCUGGCAGUGGCGUCAAACCGUGACUUCGUGAACGCUGGGGUCAGGUCAUCGGGUCAUCCCUCUUAACUCAACCGACCUAGUCUUUGAUAGAUACCUCUAUAGAAACGUGUGUUGCAUAAUCAUUAGUUUGAAUAUUACUACGGACUGAUAUUACCAUUAUAUCCAGUCUUUAACACAAAAGAACACUUCUAUUACUAAGCUACUAUAUAAAAAGAACUCGUGGAUCAGUUCUUAAGCGUUAACAAGAAAUGAAAAUCGACAGAUGAAAGCGCCAUUAGUAACCUCGUAUCGGGUCUAGACUGAGUGGAAAAUGAAGCUUUCGUAUGCACAUUGAGAAUGGCUAUCUCUCCCUCACCGAAACGUUUCCUGAGGAUGGAUCUUUGCCUGUGCUUUCCCGAACAGUGCUUGUGUCCAGUGAGGUGACCAGAAUUUAGCGUCCGGAUUGAUCAGACUCGAAAAAGUAUACUCAAACCUGAAGACUCAAGGGCCCAGAACUACCAAAGAUAGAAAGAGGAACGUACAUGUGUUUUGUCCCGGGACCUUUUUUGCACAAUUUCUACGUCACUAGGAACCCCAUCGAUGUCCCCGUAUGGCACGGAUGUUCUCUACAAAGUAACCCUCACCCGGUGACCACAGAGAGACAAACAUAAGAACCACCCGAGCUCGUAGAUCUGUCUACUAGCCACCCCUAAUAGACACACAAUCCAUAUUAUCUUAAGACUCUCGGUGUAAAUAUAGUUCCCAAGAUGCCGACGGAACUGAAACUCGACCUGAAGAGGAGUGACCAGAGCGACAUCAUGGAGGAGGACCCGGAGGAACCCGUGACCAACGGGCGCACAAUGGCUGUCUCGCCCGACACCCGAGCCCGACGGGAAGCCUUCAAGAAGCUCAAGACGGGAGGCCAGUCUGAGAAAUCCAUGGACUUUGACGACCUCCUCCCGCACGUGGGCGAGUUCGGCCGAUACCAGAGGCUCCUCAUCUUCCUUAUCUGCCUUCCGGCCUGCAUCCCCUGCGGCUUCCACGCCUUCAACCAGCUGUUCAUGAGUCCCUUCCCUCCCCACUGGUGCCGCAUCCCCGAGCUGGAGGAGGCUGGGGACUUCACGCAGGAGGAGAUCAGGAACCUUACUAUCCCUGUGAUCCAGGGGACGUUUAGCCAGUGCAGUCAAUAUCUGGUUCGUAACUUCACCGCUGUGGCACUCACGGGGCAGCUGAAGCCAGACCCUUCCUGGCCGGUGGUGCCAUGUAUGAACGGCUGGCACUAUGACACCUCUGUCAUCUUCUCGUCCAUUGUCAUUGAUUAUGACCUAGUCUGCGAGCGCGCCAUCUACCCGACGGUGGGUCUAUCGGUCCUCAACAUCGGCGGCAUCAUCGGCGUCUACAUCUUCGGCACAAUCUCCGACAGGUUCGGUCGACGCGUCUCCUUCCUGGUGUGUCUCGCCGUCGAGCAGGUCUUCGGCUUCCUGACGGCGUUCGCCCCCGACUUCUGGUCGUGGAUUGCCUGUCGGUUCAUGGUGGGCCUCACCGUGCCCGCCAUCUACCAGAUCCCCUUCAUCAUCUCCCUGGAGUUGGUCGGUCCGAGCUACCGCAGCUUCGUCACGGUGAUGACCUGUCUCUUCUACGUGGGCGGGAUGCUGCUGCUCGCCGGAGUGGCCUACCUGGUUCGGAAUUGGGUCCACCUGUGCCUCGUCACCUCCCUGCCUUUCUUCACCUACGUCGUGUACUGGUGGUACCUCCCGGAGUCCCCCCGGUGGCUCCUGGCGCAGGGCCGGCUCCACGAAGCCUCCACCAUCCUCAACAAGAUGGCGGAAGUCAACAAGACCGAACUGCCGGAAUCCUUCAUGCAUAAACUCAAGGACCGAAUGAUCGCCCAGCAAGCACUAAGCUCAAACUCGUCACAGAAGACCUCCGGAGUUGGUUUCUGCAGCAUGUACAAAACGCCCAACAUGAGGCUUAAGGCUAUUCUUAUUACUAUAGUGUGGUUCGCCAAUGAAACCGUGUAUGUAGGACUAAGCUAUUACGGACCAGCAAUGGGUGACGAUGAAUACCUCUCCUUCUUCCUUGCCUGUGCCGUCGAGGUUCCUUCUUACCUCCUCUGCUGGAUCGUCAUGGAUCGCUGGGGACGUCGCUGGAUCUUAGGAGUGGGCAUGAUCCUUGGAGGAAUAUUUUCUAUCUGCACAGUCCUUAUGCCUGAAGACGCGUCCAUGGCCACCCUCGUGCUGUACCUGGUGGCCAAAUUCGCGGAAUCGGCGGCCUUCCUCAUCAUCUACCCGUUUGCCGCCGAACUGUACCCGACGGAGGUCCGCGGCGUCGGCAUCGGGUUCUCGGCUUAUGUGGGGGGGUUAGGCCUCGUUAUCAUUCCGUUUAUCAAUUACUUGGGCACAGAAAUGCUGGUCCUUCCUCUUCUGAUCAUGGGCGUGGUGUCGACCGUGGGCGGCUGUCUCACUUUUCGCCUGCCGGAGACGCUGCAGCAGAAACUCCCCAACACCAUGGCGGAGGGAGAGGAGUUCGGCAAGGAUUUCACGUGGAAGCAGUGCCUCGUGUGUGUCCCGGAGAAGUGA